AACCAUCAUGAGGUGGGCGUGUACCAGCAGUGCUAGCUAACAUUACAAUGAUAAAAUACAGUCUAUGGAUAAAACACAUUUGUGACUACAGUAAGCUUCAUGUUCUCUUCAGACUGUUUCUGAUAUAGCUUAGACUUAUGCGUUAGGAGUAUUUACAUUAAAGCCUAGCAUGUUAGCUUCAUGGUUAAUCUUUCAGUAACUAACAGCUCAGACACAGACAGCGGUGAUUCAGCGUGCUGCUAGCUAGACAGAAAACCCUUCAAAGGCUCAACACCGAUAACAGUCAUUGAUGUUAACGUCCAUCGUUUGAUGUAUAUCGUUGUCGGGUCUCGCCAUUGUUUUAUUUACUGCUGGGCUUCGAUCUACCGAGAUGUAUGGGAUGUCGGGAUGACAGGAAGAUGGCAAACGGGGUUGGAAAACACAAGCUGCUAGUCAUUGAACCAUCCGAGCCAUGGUCAGUGAGGGAGAAGCUGUGUUUGGCCACAUCUGUCAUGAAGAGUGGAGACCAGAACUGGGUAUCUGUCAGUCGAGCCAUCAAACCAUUUGCAGAACCCGGGCGCCCACCUGACUGGUUCUCUCAAAAGCACUGUGCCUCAAAGUACUCUGAGCUCCUGGAAUCAACAGAGGCCCCAAAGCGUAAGCGUGGUGAGAGAGGUGAAGUGGUGGAGACAGUGGAGGACGUGAUAGUACGCAGACUGACAGCUGACAGGAUUGAUGCACUUAAAAAGUUGAUAAAGGAAACGCAGGAGAAGCACAGGAAGCUGAAGAGAGAGGCUGAACUGAUUAAAGCAGGACGCCUAGAUUCCAAACUACAAGAGUUAUGGGAAGAAAUUCUGCAGAAGCAGAAACUGGAGGAAGAGGAAGCAGAUUUGAAAAGAAAAAACACAAAUGCUGCUUAUCAAGACAGACAGGUGGCAAAGAACACACCAAAGCGAUUGCCCGGCGUCACCAUGCACACGCCCUCAGGUUGCAGCUCCCCGAGCCAGGAGUUCUCCCCAGGUGACGCGUUUGAGUGCUCCACCCUAGAUCCUGGAUCAACAAAAAAUGCUUCAGGAUCUUCCAGAUUAAUGACAAUUGCUGAGACUUGUGGACCCGAUAAUGAGGACAUCAGCCAUGGGUCAUUUCUGGACGACCCCACCCAAAAGAAGGCCCUGGUCCAGAAAACUACACCCCCACCAUCUCCACUCCUGUCCGAGUUACUGAAGAAAGGCAGUAUCUUGGCCACAAAUUCCAGACUGAUUGGGGAUGGUGAUGCUGGAAAUCUGACGGGAACACACGACUUGCAGCAGGCUCCGGCUAGUCAACCUAUCUUUCAAGCUACAGGUGCCCCGAUGUUGUCUCGUCUUCUGGAGGCUGGUCCCGCCCAGUUCUCCACUCCGUUAGGUUUCAUGGUCAGUGCAGACUCCAUCGCUCCUCUUUCUGCUGCCUCUUCUGUGCCUGUUGACUCUCCUGCCUCAGCAAGUACAGAAGUUGGUGUGAUGGCUCCGUCUUUGCUGCCUGGAUGCCAGUCUGUCUCUGCAGAGGACAAAGUGUCAGAGCUCAGUGAGGAGGACGUGUCUGUGUCCUACAUGGGGGAUGAGCUUGACCUGAAGACGGUGGGGGACAUAAUUUCCAUAAUUGAGGACAAGGCAGAGGAGGCUGCAGAGGCUUUGGAUGCAGCUGCAGUCGAGGCUGCGCUGUCACUGUGUGAGGAGAACGGCCAUGCUUUGUCUGGUAGCUGGGAAGCUGGGCCUCUCCAGCCCCAUGAGUCCCAGCCGGCAGUGCCCACAGGGGUCCCACAGCCCUCGUCUCUUCACAGUAGCCUGGAGGGGAAGACAGAAGCGUUAGAAGCCCAGUGUGGGACUUCAGCUUCACUCUCCUCUCUGUGCAACAGUCAAGAUAACUGUCUCCCAGCAUUCCCCAUGGGACGAAGGGGCCCUCCUCCCACCUCCUCCUCCUACACAGGGGCACCUCCACAGCCUGAGGCAAUGAGACAGACUGGAGAGUUGGUGCACCAGAAAAGACAUAUUUCAUUGGAUGUUACUUUAAAAUGUGAGAGUGAGAAGCACAGACCUGAAAAACCCAAUGGAGACUCCGUAUUAGAAGAUAGACCUCUGAGAGAAAGGCAUCGCAAGGAGAUGAAAGCGGAGGAUGGAAUAAGUGUUCUGGGAGGAGAGAGUGCCUCAGAGACUAAACUGUACAAUGAGCUUGAUGAGCCAGAAGCAGGUGGAGGAGAAGAGAGCGAUGGCGUGGAGGGAGGAUCUUCCAGAGCCAGAACGGCGAGAUGGAUGACGAUCCUGGAGGCUCUGCAGGCGCACAAGAUCUGGAAGAAAGCCAUUAUGCUGUUGUGGCGUGCAGCAGCCAAUCACAGAUACCCCCUCUUUGUUCUUCACUUCAGGCCCAUGGACCUGGCCGCCAUUAAAAAGAGCAUCGAGACGGUGUUGAUCCGCACCACCGCUGAGUUCCAGAGGGACAUCAUUGCUGAUGUUUCAGAACUGCUGUCAUGUACAACAGUCUGGACCAAUGACGUGUACCACAUGGCUCUGGAGAUGCAGCGCGACGUCCUGGAGCAGAUCCAGCAGUAUUUGGCCACCCAGCUGAUCUGGAGACGUCGGAGUCCUGGCAUCAGCGCCAAGAGCCUGAGGGGCCGUGAGAGCACGCGCAAACAGGACUCCACUGACAAGGACGGAGGCACCAGAGGGCGCCGUUGUGCCAUAGAAGCUGACCUCAAGAUGAAGAAAUGAAAACACCAUAUUAACGUUUUUAUCCAACUGUGUUUCCGAGUUAAAGUGACAGCGACUGAAUUUAUUCUGUCAGUUACACGGAUUCUCACCCAAGCAUAAAAUGCAGUUUCAACUUUAUUUGCACUCUAAACUGUAUGAGUAGACUGAAUUUCGGAGGGGGGCCCAUUUCCACUGAGUCAGACUGGAUUACAAACUGUAUAAUCCCAGAUUACAAGGGGCAAGAGAAUAGGUCAAACCUUUCAUACACCUACCUGGCAGAUCACUUAGAUUUAGCCUGCUCAGGUUGUAUUAACAGACAAAAUGUCACUCAUAGCCUGCAACAUUGGCUGAAAUUAAGCCUUCAUGAGGCCGAAGAUGCGCUUCAGAUUAUUGUGGUUGAUUUUGAGAGACAUGUUGAUACUAAUAUGUGAAACCAGAGGCCAAAGAGUCUGAGUUACCUAGAAGUCCCGAAUAAUCAGGGAGGUGUAGGGGGCACAUCAUCAUUUUAAACAUUUUAAACAUUUAAUUGCAGGAAUUAAAUCAUUUGAGGAUUUGUUAUUUUAAGUGUUAUUUAAAAAGAAUGCACAGAUCAUUUGUGGCUGUAUUUUUUGUGAAACGAUACCAAUUCAUAUUCAGUAUUUUUGAGUAUCAGAUUAAACUGUUUCGUGGAUUUUAAGAUGUAUAAUCAAUAAAAGCGUCGUAAAGCCCUCAAC